CACCAGUCGCAGUGAGCGCGGGCAGUCGAUAGUUUGCCAAAAUGCGGUGGUAUAUAGUAGUGUUUUGUUUAGUGAAUCUUGUAUUUGGCCAGAACACUUCUACUGAGGAUGUCGCCCAUGAGUUCGACUACUACUCGAUGCCCAUGCUCUCGGAGCUGGACGACUUUGACCUCUGCCUGCGGAACCCUGAGGCUGUGUACUGCAUCGUCGACAUGGAGCUAAUGGAGGAUGAGACACCGCUAUAUCAGUUCAUAAAGAACUUCUCAAUGAGUAUAGCGAAGAACUACAGGCACUCGAAGCUCCACCGAGGGGUCUGCGCCAACCAACACUGCGGGCUCAACCUCACUCACGCCGCGGGGGGAGAGUCCACGGAAAUGGCCUUGAGGGACUGCCUUAACGCCUCCAUCCACAGAGGCUAUGGUCUGCAAGUGGAAACGCUAUCGGUGCGUUACUGCAAGACGCAGUCAGACAGCCUACCCAUCGACGUGUUGGACUGGGUGGUCGGCGCCAUCCUGCUGGUCGUCUUGCUGACCAACCUGGCCUGCACCGCCUGGUACUUCCUCUGGCCUAGCGAGCAACUCGAAAAUAACAAAUUCGUGAUGGCAUUCUGCGUGCAGAAGAACUGGAAAGCGCUGAAGAAGGGUGGCAGCGCCGAGGGUGGCGUGUUCAAGUGCUUCCAGGCCAUGAGAUUCUACACGAUGGUGAUGAUCUUGGGACUUCACUCCAUGAUCUUCAUAGGCUACGGCUACACAGAAAAUCCCGAGUUCAUUGAACAAUCAUACAACGACUUCUUCAAAGCGCUGCUGUUCAACGCGCGCGUGAUCGUGCAGAUCUUCUUCGUGAUGGGCGGGUUCCUGAUGGCCUACAAGAUGCUGGUCUACGCGGAAACUCACCCCUUCUCGCUCAAAACUAUCCCUAUGGCUCUCGUCAACAGAUGGUUCAGACUGAUGCCAGCUGUGCUCGUAGUGAUGGGUCUGGCGAUGACCUGGGUCCCCCACUUGGGCUCCGGGCCCAUGUGGGACGCCGUGGUCAAGCGUGAGCGUGACAUGUGCCGCGCCAACUGGUGGCAAUUGGUCAUCCUGAGCCCCAACGUGUUCCCCUUCGAGCAUCUGUGCCUGCCGCAGGCGUGGUACCUGGGUACAGACACGCAGCUCUUCCUCGUCACGUUGGUGGUGAUGCUGAUAAUCUGGCGCUGGCCUCGGUCCGGUGUGCCUGUGCUCUCAGUCAUCAUGGUUGUGUCGCUGCUCAUUCCCUUCCUGCAGAGCUACUUCAUGAACCUGAUGCCGAUCAGAGUCAGUCUGUUCCCUGAAUCAAUAAGAGACAUAUUCGGAUACAACGACACAUUCUACCACGCGUACGUCUCGGCACAAGGGAACUGGGCCGGGUACCACCUUGGCGUCAUUACAGCCUACUUCUACCACCGAGCGCAGACUGAGAAGUGGAACCUUGGAGAAUCUAUGCUUCUACGCCUGAUGAUGGUGGUGUCGAUCCCAGUGGCGUGCGGUGCCGUGCUCAUGGGCUGGGACUUGCAUCACCGUGAGGCCUCAGCCUUCGAGGCAGCUGUCUUCAACGCGUUGAACCAGAACUUCUUCGCCUUUGCUCUGUGCAUCUUCAUCAUCGGUUGCUUCUACAAGUGUAACAAACUGUACAUCGGUGCUGUUGAGUGGGGCCCACUACAGCCACUCGGCCGCAUGUCCUACUGCGCCAUGUUGCUGCACGCCACCGUGCUUCGGACCUACGGCGGGCAGUUGAGACGCUCCUUCUACGCUACUGACUACACCGCUAUCAUGUUGUUCGCCGGCAUCGUGACCACAACGUACCUCUGGUCCCUACCCCUGUACCUGUUCGUGGAGGCGCCCGCCUGCGCCCUGCAGAAAUUCCUCCUCGGCCCCAAGAGGAGACCAAGGAAGGAGCAAGAAGCCAACGGCAACGGCCACGUCAAGCCUGGCCAGUCCACUGUCUCUGUCUCCACUGUGUCAACGCAUAUUUAAGUCUGAGUUGAUUUUACGGGGUGAAAUUAAGUUUUAAAGAGUUUAUCUAAAUGAAAUAGGAGUACAGCCGGGGUGAAUACAGAUGGUCGGGGUGAAUAGGGACGUUAUCUAAAUUAAGGUUUACCUGACAAUUUCUUACUAAAUACCAGCCCAUAGAAAUUGUAUUAUUCGAUUGAAAAUAAAUUGAUAAUGUGUUAACAACGUAAGCUGUCAGUUAAAUCAUAUUUUAAUAGAGACCUAUUCAAUCCAAUAUUAUUCUAAUUACGUCACGAGAAACAUUACAAAAUUAACAGAUAUAUAAGUUUUAUAACGUUACUUGGUGUUUAGAGUACAUAUAAAAUGUAGACAUCCAUGAAAUGGCUUGACAAGCUCGAUGUAUGUUAAUCAAGUUUGAAUUUUACAGUGACGGACUUUAAUUGUCGAUCCACUUCUAGCUCAUUUUAUACUGGAAAGUUAUAGCUUAACUAUGGGAUAUCCAGUAUAAAAUGAGCUAGAAGUGGAUCAACAAUUAAAGUUCGUGACCGUACUUAUAGGUCAGUAGUCAGUAGGUAAUGGAAUAAAGAGAAUAUUAUAAACAUUGUUUUUCAGGCGUUCUAAUGAUUACGUGCCUACGCGUAUUUAACUUUACGUACAAAUGCAAUACGAGCUCAAAUAUUUAAGCCUCUUUGGUAAGCUUGCUUAAGCUUAGCAAUUAGUGUCUCCUUCACGAAUAGUAAUAGACUAUGUCUUUCAUUCAAUUGACUACCAACUCUCUAGAUAUUUUUUAUAUGUACCUACUUGUAAAAAUACAACUAUAUUAUUUUAUUCUUGCUUUAUAAUUAGGUAUAUAACUGAAGAUUAUAUAAGAGAUUUUAGAUUUGCUCAAUCUAUUAUUAAGGCUCAAACUCGUCUCUCCUGUGAUUAUUAAGUUAGAUAGUUGUAAAUAGUGGCAUGUAGUUUCUAUUAAGUUAUAGCUUUUAACUUAAUACCUAACUAUACCUAAAAGAAAAAUGUUUAUUUAAGCGGUUUGAUAAACCGUAUUUCAAAUAAUUACGACCCAUUGACCCAUGUACCUAAACAACGUUUAAUCUAUACUAAUUGAACUUUUAUUUCGAUAAGAAUUUUCUCAUUAUACGCAUCGAAACAAAGCGCCGACUCCAGCCCGGUUUAAGGCGAGUCAUUCUUAAAGUAUCUACGUACUACCGUCAACCGGGGUCAAUUAAAUAGUUACGUUUCCUAGAAUCUACCUUAUCGACAACCGACAUUGGGUUUUUUGGUUGAAAACGUCACAAAUAUGUAGUGUGCUGACUGGUGACAAUAAUAAAUUACGUUUAUCAACUUUAAUUUGCAAUCACAUGGUACACUUAUUAUGGGUAGUACCUAAGAAGAAUUGCGUAAAUGGGUAAAUGUCAUUUAUCUCCAUUCACCCCAGCAUUGGAAUGACGGUAUUUCGGGGAAACACUUUACUUCUGAAUUCCGGCAUUAUUUGAAUGCAUUGCGUUGCGUUGAAUUGCUUUUAAGUGAAAAAUUACUCCCGCAUUUGCCUUCCGCUACGUUUUUCUUCAGACAUUUUAUGGUAAGACUUUUCAAUAGCGUUAUUUAGUAGCCGUUAAGUGGAAUGAUGGCAUUCAAAAAUUGUAUGCUUAAUGAUUUUUUUAAAACGAUAUGCUCAUUCACAAUUUGUUUUCAUUAGACAAUGUUUCGAAAUGAGCUUCGUACAUUUAUGACAAAAUUUUGUUUAGAAACCGCGUUUUGAAUCAAAAAUGUAUAUAGGUAUAAUUAAUACGCGCCCUUAAUGUCACCUGUGUAUGUAAUUCUAAUUAUAGUUUUUAAGGUCAGAGUUUUGUACCUACAUAUACGUAUUUUUAUAAAAUAAAGGUCUUUAAUAAAGGUUCAUAUCUUUAUAUAAAAA